CCCCAAGUUACUUAUCUCACAAAGAACAAUAUUUUCAUAUAUUCAUAUUCAGUACUCAUCGCUAUCAAUAAUUACAUGAUUUUUGGUCAACAAGGCUUUGACAAGCUGUCAAGGGCCAACAGUCAUUUGCGUCCACCACUGGCACUGCCAGUUGCCAUGCUACUUGUUUUCCUGGCUUACUGGAUUCAAUAUCUAUUACUUUGCAUACGAUCAAGGCAGUCAGCGCGACCCAUAGACUUAUAUCAACAUUAUACCGCCAGCUCCCUUCAUUACCGAUGGAUCCCCCAAAGUCUAAAACGACGAUUCGGAUAUCCACGAACCUGGGUCUUGCGGGUCAAUUUAUGAACACUUCCAUGACCACCAUCGAACUGAAGGGUCGGACAGCUCAAGAAAAGGGCGAGCACUAUCUACAGUUAUCGCUCAAAGCCUUGGAAGAGCUUGCGGGCCUGUUAGAAGAUAAACGUCUCUCUGAAGAUCAAAGAACUUCUUACUGUGACGUCUACGAAACUAGUAUGAAUCAACAUCUCGACAUGAUCGAACUCAGAAACCAACUUUUAUCAAAAAAGAAAUCUUUUCGCGAUUUCGUUGUUAACCUUUUCGUUCGCGAGUCUGAUGCCAAACGCUUCCACAAAAUCACGUAUCGGAAUUUCGCUAACAUCAGGAGAACUUCCGAUGAUCUGCACAGAAUGUUGCUGCCCGAUAGAAAAUCUAUCCUUGCAUCAGCAAGUCUUACUGCGUCUGCACAAGGCGACGUCUCUGUCCAUGAGGAGAGUCCGCGUGAUGUGGUGGAAGGCAAUUGUCCAGUUAAAGAUCUUCCUCCUGACGCACACCUAAAAGGCUUCAAUCUGGAUGUACGCACGGAGGAAGAAGCGGAUGAGGCCAUUGUAACGCUGAUUCGAAUGACGGCUCCCAAACAAGAAGAAGAAGAAGAAGAAAAUGAUGAUGAUGAUGAUGAUGAUGAUAAAACCAUCAGACCCUCGCGCUCCAGCUGCACAAUUAUCUAUAAUUAUAAUAUCAACCAAAGUGUGGUGUCCUUUGAUUCAGAAUCGAAUGGAACUACAUUGAACGUGGGAAUGGAUGGAGGGGUCGGCUCUUCAUCCGGUGGACGUCCUGAUAGCAAUCAGCCAUCGUCUUGUUGAGUAUGAUUUGCAUGUUGUAGUGUGUCUAGUCGGCAGUGCUGUGUCAAUAAUACUUAUAUCACUAAUCAUUCAUGGGUCUCUACAUAGAUACGCUCGCAGGACUAGAAAGCUAGAAAGCCGUGACGAUGGCAUGAUGAGCGCGGACAAACCUUAUUUAUCCCGCGUUGAUCAAUUUAAACUCCGACAACGAUGCAGC